GUUUAGUCCUGUGCAAAUAGUCGAGGGGAGCGAGUGUUUUUCAGCUGAAGCGAUUGACGACGUGUAAAGGGAUCAACGCUUGGUAGAUUCUUGAUCAUUCGUGUGGAUGCUGCUGAAUAUGUGUUUUUGAACCUAUAGAUUGUUUUAAAGAUUUAGUAUCGAUUUUGUGCAACUGAAAUGCAUCGCGCCAUACUUUCUAAAUCGUGUAGGAGUGUUGUCUCUGGACAAACACUUCUUGAUCCGUGGCUGAAAAUACAAGUGCUGAGUAACAAACAGUUCCAGCGAUGUCUUGCCACCGUGGAGGAAAUAUUUCCGAACAAGCCGGAUUUUGCCUCGCGCCACAUUGGGCCCCGCAAAACGGACGUUGUUACCAUGCUAAAUUCAAUUGGUUUUAAGUCAUUGGAUGAGCUAUCAGAAAAAGCUGUCCCAACUGCCAUUAAGUUCCAGAGAAUUUUGAACAUUGAAGACCCGCUGAACGAACAUGAGUUGAUUGAACGGAUUCGAGCCAUUGCUAACAAAAAUGAAGUAUGGAGAUCCUACAUCGGUAUGGGCUACCACAAUUGCUUGGUACCUCAUCCGAUUUUGCGUAAUAUUUUCGAGAAUCCCGGCUGGACCACACAAUACACUCCUUAUCAACCGGAGAUUAGCCAAGGCCGUCUGGAGUCGUUGCUGAACUUUCAAACACUAGUUACAGAGCUGACUGGUCUUGAAAUAGCCAACGCUUCAUUGCUGGACGAAGGUACGGCCGCCGCCGAAGCUAUGAGUUUGUGUCAUCGUCACAAUAAGCGUAAGAAGAUUUUCAUUUCACGUAAGUUGCAUCCACAAACCGUCGCAGUGGUGCGAACCCGUCUGGAAGCUUUUGGAAUCGAGGUAUUGGUCGGAUCGGUUAAGGAAAUUGAUUUCGGCGAUCAUGAAAUAUCUGGCAUCUUACUCCAGUACCCGGAUACUUACGGAGAUUUGCAAAACUUCGAGCAAGUUUCAGCAGACUGUAAAAAAAAUGGAACCUUGGUGGUGGUUGCGACGGAUUUGCUCGCGUUGACACUGUUGCGCCCUCCAGCGGAAUUCGGAGCGGACAUUGCGAUUGGAUCCGCCCAAAGACUUGGCGUGCCGUUGGGUUACGGAGGCCCUCAUGCUGCCUUCUUCGCCUGCAGACAAAAGCUGACGAGAUUGAUUCCAGGCAGAAUGAUUGGUGUUACGAGGGACAUGGAUGGUCAGGACGCUUAUCGUUUGGCCCUCCAAACCAGGGAGCAGCAUAUCAGACGAGACAAAGCUACCAGCAACAUCUGUACUGCUCAGGCGCUUCUUGCCAAUAUGGCAGCCAUGUAUGCAAUUUACCAUGGUCCCGAGGGUUUGAAGGGAAUUUCGAAUCGCAUUCACAACUGUGCGCUGACUCUGAAUGCUGGAUUAAGAAAAGCUGGUCACGAUCAGCUCAACAAGAUGUUCUUCGAUACGUUGCAUGUAGUUCCCCAUGGCAUGAGCACGACGGAAGUUAAAGCCAGAGCUGAAGCGAAGAAGAUUAAUUUGCGCUAUUUCGAGGAUGGAUCGAUCGGAGUGUCGAUGGAUGAGACUGUCAAGACUUCCGAUAUCGCAGAUUUGCUGUGGGUGUUUAACUGCCCGGACAUUGAAACGACCGUGGCUGAUCCCAUUGCUACAUCAAUGUCCGUUCACAAAUCUCAAUUCAAGCGUACUUCCCCGUUCUUGACGCAUCCGAUUUUCAACAAGCAUCACAGUGAAGCAAGAAUGGUUCGUUACAUGAAGCAGUUGGAAAACAAGGAUAUAUCUUUGGUACAUUCAAUGAUCCCGUUGGGCUCGUGUACCAUGAAGUUGAACUCAACUACCGAGAUGAUUCCAUGCUCGUUCCGUCAUUUUAACGAAAUUCAUCCAUUUGUACCAAUCGAACAGGCCAAGGGCUAUAAACAAAUGUUCGAGGAGUUGGAAAAGGAUUUGUGCGAAAUCACCGGAUACGAUAAGAUUUCCUUCCAACCUAACAGUGGAGCCCAGGGAGAAUACGCUGGACUUAGAGCGAUCCGCAGCUACCAUGAGUCACGUGGUGAGCACAAUAGAACCAUUUGCCUGAUUCCCAUGUCUGCCCACGGGACAAAUCCUGCCUCGGCACAGAUGGCUGGCAUGCGAGUGGAAGCAAUCCGCGUUAACAGUGCCACCGGUACAAUUGACAUUGCCCAUCUGAAGGAGAAGGUUGAGCAGCAUUCUGCCAAUUUGUCCUGCCUUAUGAUUACCUAUCCCUCAACGAAUGGAAUCUUUGAAGACAACGUGGUGGAUGUGUGUAAGCUCAUCCACGAACACGGAGGUCAGGUAUACCUGGAUGGAGCUAACAUGAACGCUCAGGUCGGACUGUGUCGUCCAGGAGACUUUGGCAGCGAUGUGUCUCACUUGAACUUGCAUAAAACGUUCUGCAUUCCACACGGUGGUGGUGGCCCAGGGAUGGGCCCUAUUGGCGUCAAGAGACAUUUAAUUCCCUUUUUACCGACUCACCCGGUUGUUGAUCCAUUGGCCGGAAUCGAAAACCAAAGCUUCGGUGUCGUCAGCGCUGGACCGUACGGUAGCUCGUCAAUCUUGCCAAUUUCGUGGGCAUACAUCAAGUUAAUGGGUGGUCGUGGAUUACGCCGCGCAACUCAAGUGGCGAUCCUGAACGCAAAUUACAUGUCCAAACGGUUGGAGGACCACUACAAAACUCUGUACACUGAUCCUAACACCGGAUUGGUGGCGCACGAGUUCAUCAUGGAUGUGCGUGACUUUAAAAAAACCGCAAACAUUGAGGCUGUAGAUAUUGCCAAACGGCUGAUGGAUUACGGUUUUCACGCGCCCACAAUGUCUUGGCCGGUGGCGGGCACGCUUAUGGUCGAACCGACAGAAUCGGAGGACAAGGAGGAACUUGAUCGAUUCUGCGAGGCCAUGAUUUCCAUUCGCGGAGAAAUUCAAGACAUCGAGGAGGGCCGCCUGGACAUUCGAGUAAAUCCGCUCAAGAUGGCUCCUCACACCCAGAAGCAAAGUAUUUCAUCCGACUGGAACCGACCAUACCCCCGAGAACUAGGAGCAUUCCCUGCGCCAUUCGUGAAGCCGGAAACUAAAGUGUGGCCAACGGUUGGCAGAAUCGACGACCUGUACGGUGACAAGCAUCUUGUGUGCACGUGUCCGCCAAUGGUUCCUGACUACGAAUAAUUCAAGUCCUAACAAUGUAACAUGAUAGGAAUAUUACAAAUGUCACUUGUA